GCAGUGUCCAGACUUUCCACUGUAACUUUGUCAGUAAAUGUCAUGAUGGAGCUGGAGAGCCAAACGACGGCUGGCUCUACCUCCCGCUCCCCUGAUGCGGCUUUUCCAGAAAACCCCAGCGGCUCCUACAUGCCACACACACACCCCAGCAGCUGCUUCAUCCCCAACCGCAUCUUUGUCGGCGGGUUCAACUUCAAGGUUAAUAAGGAUGACCUGAGGCAUAUCUUCUCACAGCAUGGUGCUGUUAAAGAUGUGAAGAUUGUGCUAGAUCACUCAGGAAUGUCAAGAGGAUAUGGGUUUGUCACCUUUGAAACCCCAGACGAUGCACAGAAAAUCCUUCAUGAUGCUGACGGCAUUUACUUCAAAAAUAUGAAGCUCAGCAUUGGCCAGGCAGUACGCAGGCAACAAGCCGUCACACACACCAGCAGUGUGAUGAUGGCCAGCCCGGGCCCCGCCGCGCCCCUACCCAUGCCCUAUGGGCCUCUGUACCUGACCACGCCGUCCGGCUACCCCUACACCUACCACAACGGAGUGGCCUACUUCCACAGCCCGGAAAUGAACCCUCCUGCCCCGCACUGGCCACAGUCUAGUUCAUCAGUGAUGCUCUCCAACCCUCAUCAGCCUGUCUGCCAACAUCAAACCCACCACCACCAGGUUCAGAUUGCGAUGGCCUCUAGCCCGGUAGUGUACAUGCAGCCGUCGGGCCACCUGUACCAGCCCGCCAACAGAGACCUGGCCCAGCCUCCUGUGCCUGUCCCAGAAGGCUCCGCACUGGGGCCAUGGUUUCAUCAAGAAGACAAUACACAGAGGCACAGCUGAUCUAACGUGGUCCACCUCAGUGGCCCAUAUGGAGCCAAAGUAGCAUUGCUGCACCAACCGCCAAGACAACAGCUGUGCACAAGCCUCCAUCCAGCAGAGCCGUCCAUGCCCUAUGUCUAGUAGGCGAGAACUCCCCACAGCUUUUACCAGGGAAUAACCACUCACACACCAGCAGCAGCUCCUCUCCAUUCAUCCACCUGUUCUCCAUCAAGUCCUCUGCCAAGGAUUUAACACUUACAUAUAUCAACUCUUUUAUCUGUAACAGUACAGUUUUAUCACUGGAUGUGUCACUUUUGCAUUGUAAAAUAUUGUGUCAAGUAGAGGGCAGUGAUGGGCAAAUACGCUACACCUGAAUUUAAUAUUCACAAAUGUAUCACCUUCAAGGGUAUCUCCUAUGUGCCAGUUGAAGGUUUUGUAUUUUGACUUAAUACUUUCUUUCAGUCCUAUGCCAUUGCUUUUUUAAAACUCUUUGCUAAAGGUAAAGAAUCUCAAAUUAAUUUCGUGCCCAUUUAAAUUAUGUUGAGUUCAAAGAUAUUACAAAACUGGGAUGUUUUCCCCAUAUUGAAUGAGUCACACUUGUUUGGCAGUUAUAUAUUUUUUCUAUUUACUGGAUAUUUUAUUGUUUUAAACAAGUAUGUUUUAAUUUGUGAUUUUCCCUUUAAUAUUUGUUCAGUGUUUUGACUGUUUCUUGUUCUCAUGUUAUUUUGUGAGCAUUUAUGUAAAUCCUGCCAGACUCUACAGAGAAACACUUUGCGGUGCUUUGAUGGCUCAUAAUUGUGUAUGCAACAAUUUGAUUGUUCAUUUUUAGUCUUAUCUUGAAAGUGGUUUGUACAGGUUAUGUCACUGUUAGCAUCUCAUGUGUCCCAUAAAUUUGUCUCUUCACUAAAACUCAGGGCUUUUUGUCUCAGGCUGUGUGCAAAACACAUGACCUAAACAUGUUAUUUAAAAUUGCUGUCUGGUCAUUUGUUUAGGUUUAAUGGGAAAGUAAUAUGUACUCAUUUUACUUUACAUAGCUAAUACUGCAUGAG